AUGGCCGCCGGAGCGGUGAGAGCGCUCCGGCGGGUCACCCAGCGGGCAGACGGCGCGGGUAAGGCUCGGGCAGCAGAUUUCGGCACCCGGACCAUGUAUGCGGUUGGUCUUCCAGCCAGUCGGAAGACAGCUACAGACCAGCGAGACCAACUUCGCCCAAACGAAAACCACGGGAUGUCUGAAUUAGAACCUUUCGGGACGUCGAGCGUAAAUGUAAUCGAAUCGGUCAUCAAAGACCCGUCCAUCAAGCCCUCACCCGAAGCAAUCAAGGUGCUCUUCAGCAACGUCUCCUCCUCGGACGGAUUGCUACGUGUCCAGGCUUUGAAGGCAUUAGCUUUAGUCUUAGAGCACCAAGGAAGCCACGGGGCGGCUUGGUUUGAAAGCGCGCUAGAAUCUCUCUUGCAUUCCCCCCUAGCUCUCGAGGUUUGCCAUGGCUUCGCUGCUCUUGCCGCUAUUUGGUCGAUUUCUCCAGACCAGGCACUCCAAUUCCUUCAAACUGAUGGCUUUUUCUCGCGUCUUGCCGAAUCAGUCCUUAAGCUUGCCGCGAGCCGACCAGAACAGGCCGACUUGAACAAAUUCUUUUCCGACUUCCUUGCGUGUUGCCUAGACCACAAAUCCCUCGGCGCCAAAAUUCAAUCAGAGUGGCCCGAAUGUUCGGAUUGGUUAACUGGGAUCUCUCGAGGCACGAGUCCUACCUCGGUCUCUAUUCCUGCCCGCUGUGGAGCGAUUUUGGCGUUACUGAAAUUGCGAAGAUCGACGGAUCUCCAAUCCGCGGCGCCGCCUUCAUCUGAUCAGCUUGUCGACAUUCUGAUGAUAUGCUUCGUGGGAAACAAGAAUACUCCAAACUCGGCCAUAGAAAGCUUGGCGCUUCUCAGCGAGGAAGAAUCCGUCCGAGAAACCUUGCGAGAGAGGUCCGAAGCUUUCUUUCAAACUGCCAAAUCUCUGACACAAAGUGAUCGGGAUCACGAGGCCGACAAAAUCAAGUUUACGCCCACUCGAUCUUUAGCCUUUGGACUAGCGACCGUCAUCCUUCAUCUUGUAUCUUUCAAGGUGCUUACAAACGAAUUCCCAGUUGAUGAUCAAGCUCGAGAGCAGCAGGAAUAUGACAGGGAGCUGUUGGCUUGGCUUCGGUCUACACUCGAACGUAAUUCCAACUUGAUCCAAACCUUGGCUUGGCUUUCGAAGACUGGCGAUGCAAGUCCACAACUCAAAGCCACUAUUACCAAAGUGUGGCUGAACCUUGUUGAAUAUGACAACUGCGCGACGCUUGCAUCGGAAUCUGGGGGCCUAGAGAUUGUGUUGGAUAUCCUCAACACCCCCAAAUUCUCUGGUUAUCUCUCGCAGCAGCAGCCACCUGGCACACCAGCUUCCGUGACGAACGCAAUGUCAACUAUCAGCAGUCUGGUCCUCGAUCCACACGAGCUUGAAAUGAUCCAAGUAUUGGCCAAAUUGAAACGUUUUUACAGUUCAGACAAGGAUCCCCAGCGAUCAAUUAUCAAGCUACUCACCAUUCUGUUCCUGCAUCCGUCUUCGACCAAGGUUCAGACUUACUUGGCUCUUAAAGCCCUUCCUAGAGUUAUCCGAUCUGAGGUUGCAACGGCCGAAGUGCUUGUAUGCUCUCAACUUCUGGAUCGAUUGGACCAACUCAUGGUAUCUGAGUUUUCUCAAGAAAUUUUUGAAAUCAUGGAAAGCCUCAUUGACGGACCAGCCUACUUGGAUAGAUUCGCGCCCUCGUCACCAUCAGACUCAAAUCAAACCGAUAUUGCAUAUAUCACUAGGCUCCAAGAUAUAAUCAGUUUAAUCAAGCACGAAGACUUAGAACUUUCUUGGAAGGCCGCUAGCGUAUUCCGGCUCCUUAUUGAAGCAUCCCCGGAGGUCUGUCAUGCAAUUGUAUCAGACCACUCAGUGACUGAGAGUUUCUUGGAGGCCUUCCUAAUUCGGACCAAGGGGGAGUGCGAUUCGGACGGUUAUUACUUGUCGACAAGUGAGAGCACGUGUGCAGCAUUUCAGGAAAUCUACGAUAACCUCGCCUGCCCCUCAGAGGGCGAUCCUCCCCAACUCUUUGUCGACGACCGUUUGCACUAUGGGCUCAAGCUAAUAGACCGCUUUUGCGAUGAGGGCAUGGAACACGGAGAAUUUGAAGAUUGUGCUGCUCUUACAGAGAAAAUCACCAGACUCUCUAAAUGCAUUGUCGAGCAAUUUUACCCACGAAAAAAAAUUCAAUCACUAUAA